AUGCCUCCAUUUACUCCAGAUGCGCGUAAUUUAGGUGGUAGGAAUUUAAUAUCUUAAUAAAUAUGGAAUCAUUUACAAUAACUAAAAGAAAUAUCUUAACAAAUACCUUAACUUUUGAUAUCACCACGCAAAAUACCAAAUUCACCUAAACAAAGUAUAGAACCUUUAAAUUGCAAAAGAAUGAAUCGAAAAUAAGACUAUUUACUCUGUCCAACUUACUUAUUUAGACGGAAAACAGUUUCUGAAAGUUUCACAUCAUUGAGUCCUAAACAUAUUCAAGAUGAAACACAAUUACUUUUCUAAGAACCCUUAUUAAGAAGAUAAAAGAAUAUGAAAUCACCAUAAAAGAUCUUUCCCUUCAGUACUAUUUAAUUAGGAGCAUUAUAUAGAGUUAAAGCUAACGAAAUAAAGAUUAAUAAAAAUUAAGAUCUCAUGUAAGAUUGUCUCUAAUAAUAGAUAAUGGAAUGAAGUAGAAUAAGAAGUGAAAGAUUUGAAUAAUAACUAUGAUGAAUUACUAAUCCAGAUUCAAUAAAUUAUUAUAGAUUUUGGGAUAUUUAGUGCAUAAGAUUAUUAGAUUCUAAUCUAGAUGAUCUUACGUCUCAAACCUCAAAUUCCCAAAAUGGACUUACUCAAUAUAUUUAAUGAAUUGAUUAUUAAGCAAUAAUUAUAACUGUCUUGA